GCGGCCGAUUUAGUCAAAUAUUUGAUAAGUAGGGCGUAAAGAUGAUGCAAAUGAAAGAAUACAAGGAAGUGCCGCAGGAUGUGCCACACGAUGAUGCAGUGGCCGUUAUACGACAGCCACAGCCCACGAUUACCGGCAACGUUGCAAAUGGUGAAAGCUGGAUGAGCAUACCAGUGGGUAUGAAUAAUUGCCCUCAGGGUCUGGAAUAUUUGACAGCAUUGGAUCAGUUGUUGAUUUCGCAAAAGCUCGAGAAACUCGAAUUGUUGACUGGCUUCGAGACAAAAAAUCGUUUUAAAGUUAAAAAUUCACUGGGACAGAAUGUUUACUUUGCACAAGAGGAGAGCGAUUGCUGCACUCGGAAUUGUUUGGGUGCCGCUCGGCCCUUCGAGCUUAAAAUAACGGACAAUUUCCAAAACGAAGUUCUACACUUGAAUCGUCCCUUUCGUUGCGAUGUUCUUUGCUGCUUCCCCGAAUGCAUGAAUGCUGUUGAGGUUUCGGCGCCACCGGGACAAGUUAUUGGCACAGUGGAGCAGGUCUGCACAUUCUUGAAGCCCAAAUUUAAUAUAAAAAACUCGUUUGGUGACAUUGUGCUGUAUAUUGAGGGACCAGUCUGCCCAUGGAAGUGCUGCUCUGAUACUAAUUUCAAGGUACUGAGCGUCAAUAACGAACAAAUUGGGAAAAUUUCCAAGCAAUGGUCGGGGCUGGGCCGGGAAUUGUUCACAGAUGCCGACUACUUCAGUGUCACGUUUCCGCUCAAUUUGGAUGUGCGUAUGAAGGCAUUGGUGCUGGCGGCAUUGUUUUUGAUUGAUGUUGUCUACUACGAGCAAUAGGCGGGCCUAAAAUAUAAAACCAACGGCGAAUAACUUCAUCGACUUCAUAGCUGUUCGGGCCGUCCACGCAAAUUUUAAAUGACAAUAUGUAGACGGAGAGCUGCUGUUUGUGGAAUCUCUGCGGCUACGAGUUCAUUGGGACUUAAUUUCUUAUUUAUAUACUCGAAUAAUUGAACGUUACGCGCGCACAAAUUUUGUUGAACACUUAAUAUAUCGUAACUGGACAAUUCAUACUUAUAUUAGCUUGUUAAGUUAUAUACGAAUAUGCAUUUAAAGCAUCACACUCAACACACGACAAAAUACUUAACAAAGGAACGAGUGCCUUAAGACAUCCUAACUGUUUGUAUAUUUAAGCGCCCCAUUCCAUACCUCGACUCGCCUCCCCCUCCCCUUAAUAACAUAAAUAACAUUGCGUACCUAAUCGUUUCGAUGUAACAAAUAUUUUUAUAUAUGUAUAUGAGGACUUGGGGAAUUUUAUUGUUGUUUUGAUGAACAAUUUUAUGCAUUAUACUCAUCCAUAAUAGUUUACUGGCAUCCAUAUUUAUGCGACAACUCUCGAAAAUAAAACGAAUAUUAUAUUUUAUAUUAAAAAACAAAACCAA